GUAAAUCGAAUCAGUGUAAUAUAACCUAAAACAACAACAUGGCAGCGGCCGGUUUGUUCCGCAAGGCACUGACAUUGCAGAUCGUGCGAUCAAUUACAUUCACGUUAACAAAGCAAAAUCCUUUUCAAUCAACGACAAGGGCUUUCCAUAUCUCGACAAUCAAACAAAAAAAGUAUUUCUCGGACAAACAUGAAUGGGUUGAUGUUGAUGAAAAAAACAAGACUGCCACUGUUGGCGUGACACACUAUGCUCAGGAUAAACUAGGAGAAAUUGUCUUUGUUCAGUUACCAGAAAUCGGCCAGGCACUAGAAGCCCAUGGAGAGGCUGGGGUUUUGGAGAGUGUCAAGGCAGCCAGCGAUGUUUACAGUCCCAUAUCGGGGAAGGUGACUGCUGUGAAUACAACGAUCGUCGACAAUCCCAAACUUAUUAAUGACAGCCCCUAUAAGGAUGGUUGGAUGUUCAAAUGCACAGUUGGUGAUCCCAAAGAUUUGGUGGGUCUCAUGGAUGAGGCGGGAUAUGAGGAGUAUGUGAAAACAUGUGACUAACCAGGGCUCAUAAUGACUUUGAACUCCUCAGUGUAGUUGGAAUGGGUAAAAGGUGCAGGAAAAUAUUACUACAAUUUGUAUAACUUAUUUUGAUACAAAAAUUGAAAAUUCACAACAUGUUAAUAAUACUUAUGUGUGUUUUUUAUGAUGACCAAAUGAUGCCUGAAUGAUUUAAUACUUGAAGGUUGUGAAAAGCAGGGUCUUGCAAUCAUCAUGGUAUGUAUGUGUACACAUGCUGUUUUCAGAUCAUGGGUUAUGGAAUAACAUAAUGUUUUAUGAACUUCUGUGUUAAGAUUUCAGUUGUCCUACUAUUGGGUUGUGGAGGGGAAACCUGCAUUAAUAGUUAUAUUGUUCAUCAAUCUAAAAAUCUUAAAUUUUAUUAUUUGAAAUUGACAAAGAAAUGCGUAAGUGGAAUAUUGUUAUUUAAAUUCUUUAAUUAUGAUUCACUUUUAUCGACAUAAUAUAGGUGGCUGAAAAAUCUUUGUAAGUUUUGACCCUGAUUUAUGUUAUUUUUAACCUUGUGUUUUUGAACACAAGCAGUGUGUGCUGUAAAUUGGACUUUUUGAUUUAUAUUAAAGGGAUUGGCCAGCAACAACCAAAUACUUUUAUCUCCUUAAGUGGGUUUUUAUUUGAAUGAUAAAAAUUUGCUUGUUGAAUAAGAAUGAAAUGUUUCAUUGCAAAUAUUUGUAUAACCAAAUAUAUAAUUUUAAAACCAAAGAUUUGUAAAAAAAAUUGAAUAAAUAAGUAUGUGUACUUCGUACACACACUAACCCAGGUUAAGUAUAAGUUGUUAAUGUGACCACUGUUGUGUGACUGAAAUACUGUUGAAAACUGCAAAAUUAUGUCUUUCUCUAUGUUAGUCAAAUGAAAAAAACUUGUGUGAUGGUGUCCUUGGCUUUUCAACAUACAACAUUCAAACUUGCAGGCAAUGUUUCUAAAUGAAAUGAAGUUGUGCACUCAAUAUGUAAUAAUAUGGAUAAUGCCAGUAAGGAAAGAUAAACUUUUACUAAUUUAAUGAAAACUUUCCUCAUUAUAAUUAUUUUUAUUAAAUGCUAAAUAUCCAAGUUGCUUACUUGCCAAAAUACAUUAGAUUAACAAGCUAUAACCAAACAAUACAGUUGCUUGAUCAAGUUGUAUUAGGUGAGCAAGAUAGGGCCUUAAUGGUCCCCUUCUUUAAAAGCAGAACAUUUUCCUCAAGAUGCAUCUACUUUAUUUCACCAAUACAACACCCACACUUUUGCUCUUAUCAUGAAAGUUAUAUAUUAGUUGAUCUUGCUUUUUAUUUUAAAGAAGUAAUCAAUUUGAAAUGGUGUUGUAAAAUCAUGUUGCAAAUUUACGAAGUAUUUAUAAAUAGUUAGUUUUACUUAUUACAUGUAUAUGAUGAUUACAUGUAUAUUAUACAAUUAAGAAUCUGUGAAUCUUACUCUGAAACAUACCUCAAAUAUGUUUAAAUUAUAUUUGCAAUCUUAAAUUUACCUGAAAUAUGUUGAAUGUACAUUGCACAGGAUAUAACUUUUAGAACAAUAGUAUUAAAUUGUGUGUAAACUGUAAUUUGUUUUGGUUGACUAAUUGUGCUUCAGUAAUAUGUAUUUGCUUGAUGUUGAAAUACCGGUACUUGUUUGUUGUUUUCAACAUUUGUUUAAUCAGAUAGCCCUAGAUAUUAAUGAUUGCGGGGAAAUAAUAUACACUUCUAUACAAUGUCUUAUUUAAUAAUGUGUAUACAACCUUUAAAAGUGUGUUUAAAUGUUUCAAAAUACCAGGUUGUUGGCAUUAUACAUGUAUCAUUGCUGUUUCGGGUGACAUUUGAAAAAUACAAUCUGCAUUUGAACCAGAAUACAUUAUUGUGAUAAAAUUAUCCCAAACUAAA